AAGAGGGCGAGGGCAGAGCAUCCUCGGGAGGAGAUGCCUUUAAAAAAUCAUCCACAGCAGCGGUAGAAACAGUUUUGUUUGGCUUUAUUUAUACGGAGUGGUUUUUCAGUGAAAUGCUGUCUUGCUUAAAAGAAGAGAUGCCCCCCCAGGAGCUCACCCGGCGACUGGCCACAGUGAUCACUCAUGUCGAUGAAAUUAUGCAGCAGGAAGUCAGGCCCUUGAUGGCGGUGGAGAUAAUAGAACAACUUCACAGACAAUUUGCCAUUCUUUCAGGAGGCCGAGGGGAGGACGGCGCCCCCAUCAUCACGUUCCCAGAGUUUUCGGGGUUCAAACACAUCCCAGAUGAAGACUUCCUGAAUGUCAUGACCUACCUGACUAGCAUCCCCAGUGUGGAGGCUGCCAGCAUUGGAUUCGUUGUUGUUAUCGACAGACGAAGAGACAAGUGGAGCUCUGUAAAGGCGUCCUUGACACGAAUAGCCGUGGCAUUUCCAGGAAAUUUACAGCUUAUAUUCAUCCUUCGUCCAUCUCGCUUUAUCCAGAGGACGUUUACUGACAUUGGCAUUAAAUACUAUCGAAAUGAAUUGAAAAAGAAAGUGCCGAUUAUCAUGGUAAACUCUGUCUCUGACCUUCAUGGCUACAUCGACAAAAGCCAACUGACCCGGGAAUUAGGGGGGACUUUGGAAUAUCGCCACGGACAGUGGGUAAAUCACCGCACCGCCAUCGAAAACUUUGCCUUGACCUUGAAGACCACUGCCCAGAUGCUGCAGACAUUUGGGGCCUGCCUGGCCACAACAGAGCUGCCCAGAAGCAUGCUAUCCACUGAAGACCUUCUCAUGUCCCACACAAGGCAGCGGGACAAGCUGCAGGAUGAGCUGAAAUUACUUGGAAAACAGGGGGCCACAUUGCUGUCAUGCAUCCAAGAACCAGCCACCAAAUGUCCCAACAGCACACUCAAUCUCAAUCAACUUGAGAAUGUAACUACCAUGGAAAGGUUAUUAAUUCAACUGGAUGAAACAGAAAAAGCCUUUAGUCAGUUUUGGUCCAGUCAUCAUUUGAAGCUUAACCAAUGCCUACAACUACAGCAUUUUGAGCACGAUUUUUGUAAGGCUAAGCUUACCCUGGAUAAUUUGCUGGAAGAACAAGCAGAGUUUACAGGCAUUGGAGACAGCGUGAUGCAUGUGGAGCAGCUUCUUAAGGAACACAAAAAACUGGAGGAAAAAAGCCAGGAACCCCUGGAAAAGGCCCAGCUGCUGGCACUGGUUGGGGACCAGCUCAUCCAAAGCCACCAUUAUGCAGCAGACACCAUCAGGCCCCGGUGUGUGGAGCUCAGGCACCUCUGUGACGAUUUCAUCAAUGGAAACAAGAAAAAAUGGGACAUUUUAGGAAAGUCCUUAGAGUUUCAUAGACAGCUGGACAAGGUCAGCCAGUGGUGUGAGGCAGGAAUCUACCUCUUGGCUUCCCAAGCUGUAGACAAGUGCCAGUCUCGAGAGGGGGUUGACAUCGCCUUGAAUGACAUUGCAACAUUCCUGGGCACAGCCAAGGAGUACCCAUUGCUCAGCCCUAAGGAGUUUUACAGUGAGUUUGAGUUGCUGCUCACCCUCGAUGCAAAGGCCAAAGCUCAGAAAGUUUUGCAGAGGCUGGAUGAUGUCCAGGAAAUAUUUCACAAGAGGCAAGUGAGUCUGAUGAAACUGGCAGCCAAACAGACUCGUCCAGUGCAACCUGUGGCCCCACAUCCUGAGUCUUCACCAAAAUGGGUGUCAUCGAAAACCAGCCAGCCCUCCACCUCGGUCCCUCUAGCUCCUCCUCUGAGAACGUCUGAGGAACCUUAUACAGAGACAGAGUUGAACUCCCGGAGAAAGGAAGACGAUGAGACUAAAUUUGAAGUCAAGAAUGAAGAAAUCUUUGCAAGCCGUCAUGAAAGGGGGAACCCUGAGCUGGAGCAGCAGGCCAGGCUCGGAGACCUUUCUCCCCGCAGGCGCAUUAUACAUGACUUGCUUGAGACUGAAGAGAUGUAUAUAAAAGAGAUUAAAAGCAUAAUUGAUGGAUAUAUCACUCCAAUGGAUUUUAUCUGGCUAAAGCAUCUAAUUCCAGAUGUUCUUCAGAAUAACAAGGACUUUCUCUUUGGGAAUAUUAGCGAACUUUACGAAUUUCACAACAGGACUUUUCUAAAAGAGUUGGAAAAGUGUGCUGAGAACCCUGAACUUCUGGCACAUUGCUUUCUCAAGAGAAAAGAAGAUCUUCAGAUAUAUUUUAAAUACCAUAAGAAUCUGCCCCGAGCUAGGGCAAUCUGGCAAGAGUGUCAAGACUGCGCCUACUUUGGGGUAUGCCAGCGCCAACUGGAUCACAAUCUCCCUCUUUUUAAGUAUCUUAAAGGACCAAGCCAGAGACUUAUAAAAUACCAGAUGCUGUUGAAGGGUCUGCUGGAUUUCGAGUCUCCAGAAGAUAUGGAGCUAGACCCAGGUGAACUAGGAGGCUCCGCUAAGGAUGGGCCAAAGAGAACCAAGGCUUCAGCAUUCUCAGCUGAACUACAACAAGCUUUGGCAGUGAUAGAGGAUUUGAUCAAGUCCUGUGAGUUGGCUGUGGACCUAGCAGCAGUGACUGAAUGUCCGGAUGACAUUGGAAAACUAGGCAAGCUGUUGCUGCACGGCCCUUUCAGCGUCUGGACAAUUCACAAGGAUCGUUAUAAAAUGAAGGAUUUGAUUCGAUUUAAGCCCAGCCAGAGGCAAAUCUACCUAUUUGAAAGGGGAAUAGUGUUCUGUAAGAUACGAAUGGAGCCUGGGGACCAGGGAUUGUCUCCUCAUUACAGCUUCAAGAAGGCCAUGAAGUUGACGACACUUUCAAUUCGCCAGCUUGGAAGGGGGAGCCAUAGAAAGUUUGAAAUUGCCAGUCGAAAUGGACUUGAGAAAUACAUCCUGCAGGCAGCUUCAAAAGAAAUCAGAGACUGUUGGUUUUCAGAAAUAAGUAAAUUAUUGAUGGAACAACAAAAUAAUAUUACAGACCAAGGAAAUCCACAGUUUGAAAUAAGCACAAGCAAAGGCAAUGGAGCGGGAUGCGGACCAUGGAUUGAAAACAUGGAAAGAGCUACCACUAGCAAAGAAGACCCAGCCUCCAGCCCAGGAGGGAUUAAAGGCUGCUCCAGCAGGGAGUUUAGCUCCAUGGACACCUUUGAAGACUGUGAAGGUGCAGAAGACAUGCAAAAGGAGAGCAGCGCUCUGAGUCUCGCAGGCCUUUUCCAGUCGGACGACAGUCACGAAACCUGUUCUUCCAAAUCUGCUUUCCUGGAGAGGGGAGAAAGCACCCAGGGAGAAAAAGAAGAACGCGAUGAGGAGGAAACGGCGACUCGCAGCACCGAGGAGGAGCGCGCUGGGGCGUCCACGGGCCGGCUGGCUCCUGCGGGGGCGACGGCUGGUUUCCAGGCGCGGGCACGGCGCCCGAGGACCUCCGCCCCGGAGAGCUGACCUCCCUGCGGACGUCCCCGCUCCUCGGCUCCAGAGCGCCCGCAUUCCCAGGAGAGGCGGUGUGGGGGCCCGGGCCCUGCCCAGCUACGCAGAAAGCAGCCGGGGCCUCGGCGGCGGCAGAAACGGGACGCAGGGCCGCCUUCCGGGAGCCCGAGGGGUGCCCUGAGUGAGCGCCUGGCUCCGCACGGGGGACUUCGGAGCUGCUCUAAGGCGCUUGCAGAGCCCACAGCCCACGCCUUCUCAACCGCACACUUUGACAUUCCGAGCCGGGCAAUUCUUUGUUGUGUGGGUUUCUCUGUGCUCCCACGGUAGGAUGUUUAGCAGCAUCACUAGCCUCUACCCGCUAGGGUCCAGGAAUGCGCCACCCCAUCCUCCACCCCACCCCCAAAUUGUGACAAUCAAAAAUGCCUGCAGACACGCCCACAUUUCUCCAGGGCGGGGUGGGAAUCGGUUGAGAACCGCUUAGCCUGAGCCUUGGCGGAGCCGGAGCUGCUCAAACCCGGCGGGGGCCGCAGACUGAGAGCUCCAGGUCCCCCUCCCAGAAUCCCUGCGAGCAUUCAUGGGGUGUUCGUGUUAGUGCCAAGAUUGCUUCGUUGCAGAGACACUUCGUUCCAGGUUACUUUCUGAGAUAUUUUAUAUAUCGAUUUAUUAGUUUUUAAAUGAGUUCUGUUAUUUUCAAUUGUAUUUUAUUUUUAGUUUUAUUGGUUGAUUUUAAUUUUUUGUAGCUUUCUAGUUAUUUAAUUUUAUAGUUUCAGUUACUGGUUUAUAGUUACUUUAUUUUCAAAGUUAUUUAGUUUUCGAGUUGUUCAUUUUCAGUUAUUUAUAUGUAGCCAUUUUGUUUUAGGAGUUAUAGAUGUUCAAAUUAAUUUGCUUGGAAUUUAUUUUUCAUCAUCUUUACAAUUAUUAUCUGAGUUAUUUACCUUCAUAGUUAUUUCACUUUAACUUAUUGGAGUUUUUGAGUUAUUUAUUUUUACAGUAACUAAUUUGACUAUUAAAAACUCACUGGAAGUUUUUGAACUACUGUAGAGUUAUUUAUUUUCAGAUUGAAAUGUUUUAAUUAAGGGUUUUCCCCUAGUUAUCUAGUUUUAGAGUUGUUUAUGUUCACAGGUAUUUAUUUUCAGUUAUUUUAUAUUUGAGUUGUUUAUUUUUAUGUUCUUUUUUCCAAGUUAUUUGGUUUUUAGUUAUUUCAUUUUCAGCAUUACUUCAUAUCUGAAAAUUAUAUUUUCUGAAUUUUUAAAGAGUUUUUGAGAUAUUUAGUUUUUGAGCUAUUUUCAGAGUUGUUUGUUCUCAGUUAUUUCAGUUUUGUAUUUGCCAUUCAAAUUUUUUCUGUUCUUUAUUUUUAUUUAAUUUUCAGAUUUUUUUCUUUUUUUUUUUUUAGAUGGAGUUUUGCUCUUGUCACCCAGGCUGGAGUACAGUGGCGCAAUCUUGGCUCACUGCAACCUCCGCCUCCUGCGUUCAAGCAGUUCUCCUACCUCAGCCUCCCAAGUAGCUGGGAUUACAGGAGUGUGCCAUCAUGCCCGGCUAAUUUUUUAUUUAUUUAUUUAUUUAUUUAUUUAUUUUUGAGACAGAGUCUCUCUCUGUCGCCCAGGCUGGAGUGCAGUGGUGCAAUCUCAGCUCACUGCAAGCUCCGCCUCCCGGGUUUACGCCAUUCUCCUGCCUCAGCCUCUGGAAUAGCUGGGGGACUACAGGCGCCCGCCAUUACGUCUGGCUAAUUUUGUUUGGUUUUGUUUUGUUUUUUAGUAGAGACGGGAUUUCACCAUGUUAGCCAGGAUGGUCUCGAUCUCCUGACCGGGUUUCGCCAUGUUGGCCAGGCUGGUCUCCAACUCCUGACCUCAGGUGAUCCACCUGCGCUGGCCUCCCAAAGUACUAGGAUUACAGGCGUGAGCCACCGCACCCGGCCCUCAGAAUUAUUUAGAGUUAGAAUUCUUAAUCUACUAGUCAGGUUUCAAUCAAGAGACACUAUAUCAGUUAUUUCAACAGAGAGAAUUUAAUAUAAAUAAUUGUUAUCCAGCUAGCAGAGAUAAAAAAAAAAAAAAAAAAAAAAAGUAGUGAUAAUGAGAUAUCAUGAAGAUUUUGACUACAAGCUCCCAGCCCAAGGACUCAUACAAUAAAGAGAAGAGGUUGAAAAUAUCAAAACUCAGAAAUGUGAACAUAGCCCUAGGGCUGGGGGUUAGUCCUCUGAGGAGGAGGCACUACCAAUGGUACAUGUGGCCCAAGGGCUCAGAGCCCAAGGUCCAGGAGCUGGAUGCAGAAUUCUGGGGAGGGGACAUGGCCAGCCCAUGCUGCUGUCUCUGAGUGGGCAUCAUCAGGCCGGUUAUGGGAGUGCUGGGAAAAUAGCAAGCUGGAACCAACUGCCUCUGCUAGAACCAGCUGUCACUCUCAGAGUGGAGACGGGAUGCUGACGGUGGGGGCAGGGGUGGGGUGCACACAGGAAGGAGCCCGUGGUAGCCCUGCAUCACGGAAGGGUGGGCUGGAAGCUUAAUUACCAGCACACUCAGCUUUAGAGUUACAUAGAGUUAGAGUUACGUUAGGAUUCCGUUAGUUUUGGAAUUGUUAGGGGUGAUUUGAUUUCACAUUUUCUCGGGAUAUGGGAUUGGGAUGAGUGUCCUGGUUUGUUUCUGGAAUAGAGUGGGCCACGCCUCACAGAAGUCUCCCCCAGGAGACACAAGACAAUCACUUUAGAAUUCAAGAAAACAAAAAUAAUGUGUCUCACUUUGUUCAUAAAGAAGCCCUUUGAUGACGUGGCCAAAAAGGGGCAGAGCCUGAGGGACAGACUCUUAGAAAGGUGCCCAUGGAACAGGAUCCCACAGAGUGUUCCUCUCAAAUUCUUUAGAACUUUACGCUGUUUUGUGGGACCACCGUCUCCCACUCCUUUCAUAAGAACACAGUGUUUUUCUUGAUAGAAUGUGUUUCAAAUGCGUAGACUGUUUGCACAAUAAAAUAAAGUUCCUCCCAAAUCAA